AUGAUCGCCGCCAGGCAGAUAUCCAAACCAGUGGCGGAUGCAGUACUUCGCUAUGGCAAAAACCAUCCUAUAUUUCGGAAUAAGAUUCUGAUUCCCAUAGGGAGAGGUAUCGUUCGGAUGACAGCUCGGUUGCGGAUGAAACGACUCGGCCUUGGUGAGCUCACCAAGAUUCCUGCAGUCUCCGAAGCUGCAGCUCUUGAGCAGGCUUCCGAUUUCGUUCAACAACUUGUAUUGUUCACGUAUUCCUUGGGUGUUUUCUGGGGUUAUUAUAUUUAUACGAAACUCAACACUCCAGAAACCGUCAAAUUGCAAGAAUUUGAGGAAUACCGGGAGGAAAGUGAAAGAAUUUUGGAGGAAUUGGAGUUACGGAUUGCACAACUCGAAACCGCUCUGAAACAACGUGGGAUAAAGAUCCCAGUUAUCAGUCUACCUAGUGAGGACAAGCAUAGUAACUCUUCGAAAGAAGAACAGGAAAUCCAACAGGAACAAAAUGUACUGCCUAGACCCCGUUUUCCGCGUAUAUCAUCGUUACCCGUAGACGCCGCUUCUAACGUUUUGCUCAAAGGUGAAUCUCGCAAGUCUCUGUAG